GUCGCGAUGCCGUUUGUGAUGCGGAAGGUAGAGCCGCGGCACGUGUGCCGUGGCCACGUGCCGGCGGGCUCGCAUCCGGGCUGGCCGGUGGGCGCCGAGCUCGAAGCGGUGGCGAACGGCGCCCUCACCAGUUCCCUCAAACAGUUGGCCUCUCUCCUCACCGUCGCGGAGGACAUCUUCGCGAACCUCACCGCCGAACUAGCUCAAGUCGCCGAAAGAAGCGGCGACCUACGUCAUAAGCUCGACAAAGUCGAAGAGCGACUCAGCACCGUCGAUCCCAAGAAGAUACCAGUCCCGGAAUCGGAUAUCUGUACUUUCGCGGCGAGGACGGAGCAUUUUCACGUCACGAAUAAACCAUCGACGGGACUGUUCACGACGGACACGAGGCCGAAGGCCCUGAGGGAGUUGUACGAGCUCGCUGCUAUAGUCGCCGUACGAAGUUUGGAUUCCUUGAGGAGGGAUGGCAGCUCGAUGGAUAUGUUCCUUUGCACACCGGUCCUCGGUAAAAGAAGACGGGACCACAGCCUCGACAUUGAGUCUAGAGUCCCGGCUGCUAUCGAAGAUCUUCGAAGAUGGACAUCCACCGAAGCGCUCGGUGACGUCACUGUACCGCCGGACUGCGCGUCCAGGAUCUUGGGCGACACGACUAGCGACGAUGCUGUCGAUCACAAGCUACCCAGCCCCGAGGAACAGGUUCAGGCUAUCGCGCUCAAGUAA